AUGUCCCGGGCCCCGCCGCCGGACCCCCGCCCCCACCGUGACCCCCACCGUGACCCCCACCGGGACCCCCACCGGGACCCCCACCGGGACCCCCGCCGGGACCCCGACCCCGAGCGUCCGAAGGCGCCGGAGCCCGACGAGGCCCGGUGCGACUCGGGCAUCGACUCUCUGCGUUCGCUGCGCUCCCUGCCCGCCGUCCCGGACGCCGCCGGCCCGGACGACCCCGGCCCCGCCGCCGGCCCCAAGCUCGACGACGGCGACGGGGAGCGGACCGACUCCGCCUACGGCUCGGCCUCGCUCACCGAGUCCCUGCCCGGCCCGCUGCCCGCCCGGCCGCCCUCCCCGCCGGCCUCCCCGCCGGCCGGUCCGCUGAGCCCGCAGCAGCUGGAGGCGCUCACCUACGUGUCGGAGGACGGGGACACGCUGCUGCACCUGGCCGUGAUCCACGUGGCUCCGGCCGUCCUGCUGUGUUGCCUGGCCCUGCUGCCCCGGGAAGCCUUGGACAUCCAGAACGACCUCUUCCAGACGGCCCUGCACCUGGCGGUGCACCUGGACCAGCCGGGCACGGUGCGGGCCCUGCUGCACAAGGGGGCCAGCCGGCUGCUGCAGGACGGCCGCGGAGACACCGCCCUGCACGUGGCCUGUCGGCACCAGCACCUGGACUGCGCCCGCUGCCUGCUGGAGGAGACGCCGGAACCGAGCCGGGGGCCCCCGCACCCCCAGGACCUGCAACUCCAGAACUGGCAAGGCCUGGCCUGUCUGCAUAUCGCCACCCUCCAAAGAAACCGUCAACUCGUGGGCCUGUUACUGAAGAACGGGGCCAACAUCGACGUGCAGGAGGGCACGAGCGGGAAGACGGCGCUGCACCUGGCGGUGGAGUCGCAGGAGGCCGGGCUGGUGCGCUUCCUGCUGGGGCACGGCGCCCGCGUGGACGCCCGCAUGUUCAACGGCUGCACCCCCCUGCACCUGGCCGUGGGGCGACGCCAGGCCGGCAUCGCCUCCAGCCUGUGCCAGGCGGGCGCCGACACGCUGCUGCGCAACAUGGAGGACGAGACGCCCCAGGACCUGGCCGACGGGCACGGAGAUCUCCUCCAGCUCCUUCCCUUUGACGACCUGAAGAUCUCCGGGAAGCCGCUUAUCUGCGCCGAUUGAAGCGGAGUGGGGGACGAGCCCCUUAGCGGACCGGGACCACCCGGCUCCGGGCCUCCCCGGACUCCGGGCCUCCCCGCUCUGGUCUUCCCCGCUCCGGGCCUCCUUGUCCCGGGCCCCCGGGCCUCCCUCGCCCUCCCCUCCUCUCCUGGCCUCUGCGCUGCCGCUGCCGCUUUGAGACUGGUUGGACACCAGGGAAGGCACCGGAACUUGGUGUCGGACUUGGCCCUCUAGAAGUCCAGGCAGCGUCCGUCCGUCCCCCCGUCUGUGUACAUAUCCUCUUUCUGGCUGCAAUAACAGCAGAACCGUCGUGGUC